GCGAUCUUGAGGAAUUCGUGAUCAUUGAAACUGAAAACGAAGACCGAAUAAACGAGUGUCAAGCGCGAGAAUGCAUCCUCCGAAGGGCAGUUGAGAAAGACACUUUCUUAAUAGGUUUGUGCACAUGUACAGUACAUCCCACACGUACCCAACUGAAUCUAAGAUGUCCCAUUCCUCCAAGGGAUGUCAUGCAACAGUCACACCUCGCCAGCAGCCCCGCUGAGGAUUUUGGGACGUAAAGUUCUCUGACGAUACAAUCUACAUGAAGAUCCUUCAUCCCCAGCUGGCUAGAAGAAAUGCUAUGGAUAUCCUUAACGCAGUAGAUUUCUCCUUUAUAUAACAUUCUAACUUAAUCACACUGCAGUUUGUUACACUGUACGAACACACCAAACUUCUUUCCAUAAGUGGCCAUCAGCGGUCAUAAUUGAAAAGAGCGACUGACACUAACACAUUCAGAUGAUGGGGGCACCUGGCGGGUCAGUUCUAGCUGGGUUCGGUUCUACAACAUCAUCCCUAGACUUAGUUGGCUGGAUGGUCUCGCCCGGUAAUACUACCUUGAGUCUGAACCACAGCAUCUUCGGGACCGACCACAGCUUUAAUCUCUCCACAUCGUCCUCUUCUUCAUCCUCUCCCCAUGGGGUAGAAAGGGAUGCUAUGAAGGAGAAGAACUGGCCAGCCCUUUUGAUACUGGUGAUUAUUUCUUUAACAAUUGGAGGGAAUAUUUUGGUUAUUUUGGCUGUGUCGCUGGAGAAGAAGCUUCAGAAUGCAACAAACUUCUUCCUGCGUUCGCUAGCAGUGGCAGACAUGCUGGUGGGCAUCUUGGUCAUGCCCAUCUCUCUGAUUAACAUCCUGUAUGAUUAUGCCUGGCCGUUGCCAAGUUCCCUUUGUCCUAUUUGGAUUUAUCUGGAUGUGCUCUUCUCUACUGCUUCCAUCAUGCACCUCUGUGCCAUUUCUCUCGACCGCUAUGUGGCCAUUCGCAAUCCAAUCGAGCACAGUCGAUUCAACUCCCGCACUAAGGCCAUGCUGAAGAUUGCUGCAGUUUGGACCAUAUCAAUAGGUAUCUCAAUGCCUAUCCCAGUGAUUGGACUGCACAACAGAGAUAAGGUUUUUAUAAACGGCAACUGUGCUCUGAACGAGGAGCGCUUCAUUCUGGUCGGGUCCUUUGUUGCCUUCUUCAUUCCUCUGGUCAUCAUGGUAGUAACAUAUUUUCUCACCGUCCAAGCACUUCAGCUUCAAGCCACAGUCUUCCUCUACGAGGGCAAAGCGUCUUCUCAGCAGCCUUUGCAGCCUCCAGCUCCAUCCACUCCCCAGCUUGCCCUACCAUCUGUUCCUUCCCGCCGUAGCAGCCUGAACUAUCUUCGAAUCAGCGACAGUAACACUUUGACUCCACCCUUGGACACCAUCUCAAUAAUCCAGAGCUCAGAGGUUCCGUCUCAGCUGAAUUCGCCCUCUGGGCGAGACCCGGGCGGUGCCCACGGCCGGCGUGGCAUGAUGCAGGCGAUCAAGAAUGAGCGGCGAGCAUCCAAAGUGUUGGGUGUGGUUUUCUUCCUCUUCCUUAUCAUGUGGUGUCCUUUUUUUAUAACAAAUGUUCUCUAUGUCCUCUGCCGUGGAGCUUGUAAUGAGCCUCUACUCAUUGAACUGCUAAACGUGUUUGUUUGGGUUGGGUACAUCUCAUCCGGGGUCAACCCUUUAGUAUACACGUUGUUUAACAAGACAUACAGACGGGCGUUUUCAAGUUACAUGCACUGCCAAUAUAGACGAGUAGGCCUUAAACCCAUCCCCAUAAAUGUCCCUUGUCCAUCUCAUGCAGCAGUCACGCCCAUCCUUAUCUUCCAAAAAAUCGCUGUUGACCGCAACAGUAACUGUCGAAACGGGGAUGGGAAUGGAAUUCGGAAUAUGGAGCUGCACGACAUGGACUCUGACCCUGGACUAGAGCUAAAACCAGGAUUAUCAGAGCUAUCCAUCAGCAGCAGUCAUAGCCACACAGAACACACCAGCAGUGUUUGAAAAACAUCCUAAAUGUGACAUGGACUCUAGGAUUAGGUGCAAUGUGCUCUUAAUGAUCUUUUUAGAUCUGUGUCAAAAACUCAUUGUGAUUGGCUGCUGUCAACCCGAUCUCAACUGUAUCACAGCAUAGAAUGUAUGCUGAUCAACACAGUGACAAUAAACUGAACAGGGUCAUAAAAUAUUGUGUCAGUGUGAGGAAAUUUGGAAGAAAUGUUAAUGUGUUAAUGAGUGCGUGUUUGUUUGUGUUAUCAGAUUUCGAUAUGAAUGCAAAUACAUACUGCAUGAGUAGCCUGUGUACCACUAAAGCAGCACUGGACAACUGAGCAUUGCUGACACUUCAUACAACAUGCAGUAAAUAUUUCACAGACAGAGUAACAGCAUCCUCUUGUGGUAAAUGGAAUCAUUACAUAAAUCUAGUGUGAACCCAAAACGUGAACAAUCAUUUCUAUGAAACCAA